AUGGGUCUUCGACAGCUCUCCCUCCUGGGCCUGGCCCUCUUCGCAGGGUACGGCGCCUGCAAGGGCCCCUUCCUGACCCAGCUCGACACCCAGACCUGGGUGUUCGGCAAUGAUCUGUGGAACGUCACCGAGGGCAAGUACUACGCGACCAAGCUGUUCUCGAGCAUCCUGCCGGGACACGACCUGGUCGGCGCCGCGGCGGGGCAUUACGCAGGGAUAGACGGCGAGAACAACUUCGAGUGGACCAACGCCACGAUCGCGUCCCAGGGUGAGGACUACAUCGACAUCGCCUUCUCAUCCACCUACGUGGACCUGCACUGGGUGGUAUUCGAGGACCUGCAAGGCGCGUACCAGUACGUGGUGAACAAGGCCCUGCCGGACCUGCAGAUCAUCCGGACGCUGUGGCGGCUGGACAACGAGACCUUCACCCGGGGGCGCACGCACAUCAAGGACGAGCCCCUCCCGGAUUGGGCCCUGUACGCGAACGCGACCAAGGUGCAGGACGAGACGUGGGAGCUGGCCGACGGGACGUACAUCACCAAGUACGACUGGGUUAACUAUGUGCGAGACCGGGACUUCUAUGGGGUCUAUGGGCCUGAUGUUGCUGGGUCUUGGUGGAUUCACCCUUCGACUGAGUACUUCUCUGCCAGUCAGCUCAGCCAGACUUUGACUGUCCACCGUGAGUCGGCGACAGGUGACGCUGUCCAACUCAAUGUCUUCCAAGACACGUCGCAUUUCCGCGUCGGAGCCGACACUCACUCACCUGAAGGCAAGAUCUUCGGACCCUGGCUGUGGUACCUGAACAACGGUUCCGUCGAAGACGUCGUCAAGCGGCGCGAGCAGGAGCUGGAGAAAUUCCCAUACAGCUGGCUAGCGGACACGGCGUACCACAGCCGUGAUGAGAUCACGGGCAGCCUGCGCCUGUCUGACGGCCGCCCCGCUUCUGGCGCAUCGGUCUUCCUGGGUGACACGGACACAUCAAUUCGGCCCCUAGUGCAAGGGAACAAUUACUACUACACGACCACAGCCGCCGCAGACGGAUCGUUCUCCUUCAGCGACGUGCGCUCGGGGUCCUACGGGCUGUACGCAUGGUCCAACGGCGGCGACCUGGCAGACGUCUACACCAACGCCACAGUCACGCCCAUCAGCGUCGAGGCGGACAAGACGACCGCACUUGGUGAGGUGGAGUGGGCGCUGCCGACGGGCCGCAAGCAGAUCUUCCAGGUGGGCGAGUUCGACAAGAAGGCGCUGGGGUUCAAGAACGGCGGGCUGCCGUACCAGCACGGCGUGACGGAUGACAGCCCAGCGAACCUGACUUUCAACGUCGCCGAGUCGAACGCCGCCGAGGACUGGUACUACGCCAUCUCGGCGCUGGGGAAGUGGACGAUCGAGUUUGAGGUCGACGAGGCGGACCUGGCGGCACACGCCAACGGCACGGCGCUGCUCAGCUUGUCGCUCGCGAGCUACUCGCAGAGCACGGCGGUGGACGUGGACGUCAACGGGCAGGUGGUCGGCACGCUCAGCAAGGACCAGUUUACGAGCGACCCUGCGCUGUAUCGGUCGGGCAAGACGAGCGGGGAGUGGAGGUUCGUGCAGUACAAGAUCGACGUGGGAACACAGCUGGUGGCGGGGACCAACACGGUCGGGUUCACGGUGACGCGCUACGUGCAGUGGCGCGGGGUCAUGUGGGAUAGCAUCAUCCUGGAGUGGCAGGCCUAA